CAAGCAGCUCGUUGAGUACAGUAGGAUAAACAUGCUGUUUCUGCGAGUACCGAUUCCAAUAUGUGGCGAGCGCUCCGCGGAUGCGCUGCAUUUCCGUUCCAACCGAUAACAAAUUCGCAGGUCCACCACAUAGAAGUUCUGCCUAUUGUUAGAACAGGAUUGAUCAGGAAUGUAAUGUCCCUCGCACAAUUCCGCGUUACAUGAUGCGAGUGGAGAUAGUUGGUGGCUCAGCCGUGCCUGUCCUGAGUACUUUUAUUGCGAUUCUUCUUCCUCUAUACUCGUUCCUUUUCCUCAUCGAGAUGACGAACUCUGUGAGUACUACCCCGGAGCAGCAAACCCCGAUGACGGACGGCCUUCGUCGGUCCGUCUCUCUACUGUCUUCCGUUGAGAAAAGAAGUUCGUCUUUACCCACUGAUGACCUGGUGGAUGAGGCAGAGGAACAAUUCUCGUGGACAACGGCCAUCUUUCGUCGAAAGCAGAUUGUCCACCCUGACCCUGAUGCAACUGCGACUAAACGCUCUGUUUUUGAUGACCCUGACCUUGCCCCGCACUAUUGGCCCAAGAAGGAUUACGAGAAUAUCCACAGAUUCGAUCCAACCGCUCGUUGGACAUACAGCGAGGAAAAGGCCCUGGUCCGCAAGUUGGAUUGGAAGAUUAUGAUUACAGCAGCUAUAGGAUUUGCCGCCUUGAACUUGGACAGGAGCAACAUCAAUCAGGCAAACUCGGGCUCUUUUUUGCAAGAUCUUGAAUUGACUACAGACGACUUCAACCUCGGAAAUACUGUAUUCAAGUUGGCAUUUUUAUGCGCAGAACUACCGUCACAGCUUGUCUCGAAGCGAAUUGGACCAGAUCGCUGGAUACCAACGCAGAUGUGCCUUUGGAGUUUCGUGUCUCUGUCACAAUUCUGGUUGACAGGUAGGGCCUCCUUCUUGGUCUGCCGAGCGCUUCUUGGCGUUUUGCAAGGCGGCUAUAUCCCUGACCUGAUAUUAUAUCUAUCUUAUUUUUACACGAAGACGGAGCUACCCGUCCGCCUCGCACUGUUCUGGAUGACCAUGAACCUUUGCGCCAUCACCGCUAGUUUUAUAGCCUAUGGCACACUUCAUAUGGAUGGUGUGGCUGGCGCUGCUGGAUGGCGAUGGCUGUUCAUGAUUGAGGGAACCCUGACUCUCCUUAUAGGAAUUUUAUCUUUUUUCCGCAUGCCUGCGUCGCCAACGCAGACCAAGACAUGGUUCCGGCCAAACGGUUGGUUCACGGAAAGAGAAGAAAUCAUUAUGGUCAACCGAGUGCUUCGGGAUGAUCCCACUAAGGGUGACAUGCACAAUCGCGAAGGCCUUACAUUGCGUCGCCUGUGGACAGCAAUGUGUGACUAUGACCUUUGGCCAAUUUACAUCCUCGGCCUCAUGUUUGGCAUCCCGAACACUCCCCCCUCGACAUAUCUCACCUUACUACUUAGGGACAUCGGAUUCAAUACAUUUAACACCAACCUCCUUACGAUACCCUCUCAGGCUUUCGGAAUUAUCACCAUGUUUGUGAUCACGCUUGUCUCAGAGUUCGUCAACGAGCGUUCUAUUGUAUCGAUGAUGGAAGACCUCUGGACGUUGCCUUUUCUCGUUGCACUUUAUGCAUUACCUAGCAGCCCCAACCCUUGGGUAUUUUUUGCUGUGGUGACUGGUCUGUUGUCAUAUCCAUAUACCCAUCCAAUCCAGGUGGGGUGGUGCUCUCGUAACGCAGGGGCAGUGGCGAGUCGAACAGUCAACGCGUCGUUAUACAACAUGUUCGUGCAAGCGAGUGGAAUCAUAUCCGCGCAGAUCUACGUAGCCAGCGAUGCUCCCAGAUAUCGACACGGCAACGAGAUCCUCAUCAUCAUUUGCUGCAUCAACAUCUGUUUUCUGUACCCAGGUACAAAGGCAUACUACAUCUGGCGUAACCGACAACGAGCUAAGAUUUGGGAUGCGAUGACGACAGAGGAACGUGCACACUAUCUGAGCACAACCAAGGAUGUUGGGAACAGAAGACUUGAUUUCCGUUUUGCGCAUUGAAGAUACGUUCAAUUGUGCAGCUUUAAUCAAUUCUGCGUUCGACUUGUGAAUCUUGCAUUGAGAACACGAGUUAAGAGGAGCGCGAUAUCCUCGACACUUGAGCUCGAGUAUCCACCGGAAAACAGUCGUAUUCGACAAGCUCGGUAUUCCCAGCUGAAAAGCUCGGAUUCAAAUCGGGGUAUAAAACAAUACCGAUCGCUAAAGGAGAAAACGCGGCAUGUGUCAAGAUCCGAGACAGAGGGGGCGGUCUUGCGUCGCCUGUCGCUGUCUCCGGGGACAGUGACUGCGCAGUAGGAACAAGGACACAAGCGGAGACGAGUGCGAC